AUGGAAGCUUUAUCAAGCUCCAUCGCCAUGCCGAUGAAUCAACACACCCAUUUUACGUCAGGUUCCUUGUUGAAGCCAGUUGAUAAAUGCUUCUUGAAAAUCAGCUCCACUCAACACUUUCCAAGCUCCUCUGUUAGAGCUAAAGCAUCACGUAACUUGCCGUUUAUAGUUCGAGCAAGUGGCGACGAUGGAAGAGCAAGUAGUGGAAGUAUUUUUGUUGGUGGAUUUGUAUUAGGGAGCCUAAUUGUUGGAGCAUUGGGUUGUGUUUAUGCACCUAAGAUAAGCGAGGCACUAGCUGGAGCGGACAGUAAAGAACUAAUGAGGAAACUUCCAAAGUUUAUAAAUGAUGAAGAAAAUGCUGUUGAGAAGACUCGGCAGAUGCUAACCGAGAAAAUAGCACAACUGAAUUCGGCCAUAGAUGUUGCUUCUGCACAGUUGCAACCAGACAAAGUCCAACAUGAAUCUGCCAAAAUCUCCAAAGAAAUAUGA